AUGAGGGGGCGUGGCCUCACUCUGCGCCUGUGCCGAACUCCAGCUCGCGCUCCCCAUGUCCUGAGCUCCCGGCUGCCAGGCGUUGCUCUCAGCGGUGACUCCCGCCGGCCCGGGACGGACAAGCUCACGUCUAACCGGCGAUGCCCCGGGAGAUCAUCACCCUGCAGCUGGGCCAGUGCGGCAACCAGAGGAUUCGUGCUGUGUCAUUCCAUUGCUGGAGGGACAGGCUCUGGUCUGGGCUCCUACCUCUUAGAGAGGCUAAAUGACAGGUACCCCAAGAAACUGGUGCAGACAUACUCUGUGUUUCCCAACCAGGAUGAGAUGAGUGAUGUGGUGGUCCAGCCCUACAACUCUCUUCUCACCCUGAAGAGGCUGACCCAGAAUGCAGACUGUGUGGUGGUGCUGGACAACACGGCCUUGAACCGGAUCGCCACAGACCGCCUGCACAUCCAGAACCCAUCCUUCUCCCAGAUCAACCAGCUGGUGUCCACCAUCAUGUCAGCCAGCACCACCACCCUGCGCUACCCUGGCUACAUGAACAAUGACCUCAUCGGCCUCAUCGCCUCCCUCAUUCCCACCCCUCGGCUCCACUUCCUCAUGACUGGCUAUACCCCUCUCACCACGGACCAGUCAGUGGCCAGUGUGAGGAAGACAACCGUCUUGGAUGUCAUGAGGCGACUGCUACAGCCCAAGAACGUGAUGGUGUCCACAGGCCGGGACCGUCAGACCAACCACUGCUACAUCGCCAUCCUCAACAUCAUCCAGGGGGAGGUGGACCCCACCCAGGUCCACAAGAGUCUGCAGAGGAUCCGGGAAAGGAAGCUGGCCAACUUCAUCCCCUGGGGCCCAGCCAGCAUCCAGGUGGCCCUGUCAAGGAAGUCCCCCUACCUGCCCUCAGCCCACCGUGUCAGUGGGCUCAUGAUGGCCAACCACACCAGCAUCUCCUCGCUUUUUGAAAGUUCCUGCCAGCAGUAUGACAAACUAUGGAAGCGGGGUGCCUUCCUUGAGCAGUUCCGAAAGGAAGACAUCUUCAAGGACAACUUUGAAGAGAUGGACAGGUCCAGGGAGGUGGUGCAGGAGCUCAUUGAUGAGUACCAUGCUGCUACACGGCCAGAUUACAUCUCCUGGGGCACCCAGGAGCAGUGAUUACAUUCUCUGCUGGCCCUGGACAAGGGCAGCCCUCCACCAUGCCUGAACCCUCUGAUACAAUGUCAUCUCUCAUUUCUAGGUUCAUGACCAGCCUAGGAACUACUCCUAUUUCUUCCCUUUCAUGCCCGUCUGUUGGUAUGCUUGUUUACUUCCAAUAAAAUAAUAAAGCAAUAUCAGUGA